GCUCCCCCGUUUGGGAAAUACUGGCUUAGACAAUAUACCAUGCACGCUUUUUCUCUCUAUAUUGGUACCUGCUCAUGUUUACUUUAUCUGUCAAUCUACAGCAGGUGACUGUAGAGAUUUUCCAUUACAACUUAUAGAUAAGCAUCUACAACUUAGUCCUUGCUUGUUACAACCUAUUUAUGGAAUUAGUUUUAGAUAGAAAGGCAGUUAUAUCCAUGGAGAUGAAGCUAUACCCAAGGUGCCACAGUCCCCUAUGAAUAUUUACGACAGAACACAAGUGAACAUGGCCUUCAAGGACUUAACAUCAAGAGCAGUGCUGCUUUAUGACGAGUGGAUUAAAGAUGCUGAUCCACGGGUGGAGGACUGGCCACUUAUGUCCUCUCUGAUCCCUCAGACACUCAUCAUUGGGGCGUAUAUAUAUUUUGUGACGUCGAUUGGGCCCAGGAUGAUGGAGAACCGGAAACCGUUUGAUCUAAAGGGCAUAAUGGCAGCAUACAACUUCUUUAUGGUUUUGUUCUCCAUGUACAUGUGCUAUGAAUUCCUUAUGUCAGGCUGGGCUACAGGUUAUUCCUUUCAAUGUGACAUUGUGGAUUACUCUCGGUCACCGCAGGCAUUGAGGAUGGCCUGGACAUGUUGGUUGUUCUAUUUUUCAAAGUUUAUAGAGUUACUUGACACUAUAUUUUUUGUUUUACGUAAAAAGAAUAGUCAAGUCACAUUCCUCCAUGUGUUUCACCACUCUAUCAUGCCGUGGACCUGGUGGUUUGGUGUGAAGUUUGCUGCCGGUGGUUUGGGCACAUUCCAUGCACUGGUGAACUGUGUAGUGCAUAUCAUCAUGUACACCUACUAUGGUGUCUCUGCACUGGGGCCUGCAUACCAGAAGUACCUGUGGUGGAAAAAGCACAUGACUACUAUACAACUGACGCAGUUUAUCAUGGUCACUUUCCAUAUCAGCCAGUUCUUCAUCAUAAAAGAUUGUCCGUACCAGUACCCGAUCUUCUUAUACAUCAUUUGGCUGUAUGGAGUCAUCUUCUUAAUCCUGUUCCUCAAUUUUUGGUUCCAUGCCUACACUAAGGGUCAAAGGCUUCCAAAAACCUAUCAGAAUGGUAAAGCACUUCAGAAUGGACAUGUAAAAGACAAAUACCAUUGAUUACACUGGAAACUACCUACCUGUACCUGGGCCGUGGUACCGUGAACUACUUGACAAUCAAGCAUACAUUGGCUACCAACAAAAAAUAUUUGCACUUUUUUUUCCAACAAGACGUCAAAUCUGUAUUUUUAGUGUAAUUUAUUUGGGAUUGUAUGCUGAUGACAAAACUGCAUACGGUUUCAGUGUUUUUUUUGUUGUUUCAACCAUUGUACAUAUAUAUUUAUCUGUUAGUCGCCCAUGAAGCUCAGUUCUCUCCUUUUGUACACACGGAUAGAUAUGAAAAGUAUUUUCUUUUUACUUUGAACAUCCCUAAGAACCACAAUCCAAUGGUAUGUGACUAUCUAAGGCAUCAACCUUGAAUGAAUGAUCUUGGAUUUGGCCAUGAAUGAUUGUCCUAGUGCCGAGACAUGACAAAGGUUGCAAGCUUGCAAUAUAUGCAUCAAAGGCUGAAAGGCAGCACUAAAAGUCCAAUUUUGUACAAAUUGUGCCAAAAUAAAAUAAAAAAUGUAUAAA